CUGUGGAACGUCUGCGUGUGUCUUCCGAGUUUGCCCGAUUUAACGCGUCCGGCUCGGUUCGAAUUUAGUUUGUGGGAUUUAACACAGGAAAUAAAGAAUUAUGAACUAAUUUGUUAUCACGUUGGAUAAAUAAACUUUGUGCACUAUGUGGGAAGCUAUGGAUAGCGAUCCAUGUGAUAUAUGCCAGUAUUCGAGAAGCCAAACAUUCGACGAAAACGUUGAAGGUCAGUACAUCAACAAGGAAAAUCUAUGCCCAACAAAACAUGACGACUUAUCUCUUUAUGAAAAUGCGAGCACCGUCCCUAUUUCUUGCGUCGAGGCUGCUCACCGCUACCCGAGAGCAACAAGGCGAUCUCUCGAAGAUGUCGAAACCAUAUCUCAGGAUUCGGGCUACGCUGCCAGUUACCACAGUGAAGCUGCGAGAUUCUUAUCAUUCAAUUCUCCUCCUAGAUCCUCCAUAUCGUUUGGGUCAGCCUCGGUGGGUUGCAUGGAGGAUGACUUCCUUGAGGAUUUCUCAGACGUAGAGCCGUUGGAUAAGGGGUCGACAUUUCCAAGAGAUUUUAGUAAACUCAUAAACGAACCUCUCGUGCACAAAACUGAGGCCAAAUCGCCAAAAGACUCCGUCAUAAGACCUUUGUUCCGGCGAGCCUUAUCAUUGCAGAAUUCUAGAGUUACUCCUAGUAGCAGUAAAGUAAGGACAAGUCUCUUUGGAGCUUGCGAUGCGGAGAACAGGCCGUUUAAAAGACCAGAUCCUCCGUCCAACGCUGACCAGGCUAUUAUUAAAAAGUCAAAAUUGUUCGCGACUCAACGGGAGACCCUGAUCUCAAGGCCGCCAUUAAAGAGAGCUAUUUCCGCCACCGAAGAGAGUAUAAUGUGCGCCGUGCAAAAAUCUUCCACAGAACCCGACUUAAUAGGGGAUUUUAGCAGAAGCUUUUCGUUGCCGCUGGUGAAUGGAAAACACCAGGACUUAAAAGCAAUCAGCGCUGAGACUCUCGCCAGACUGAUUAAAGGAGAGUUCUCAAAUACCGUCGCGUCAUUUAAGGUUAUCGAUUGUCGUUACCCCUACGAAUUCAAAGGGGGUCACAUAGAUGGAGCUGUCAAUAUCUAUACCAAAGAGCAAAUCGGCGAACUUUUGAAUGAUAAUAAAAUUCCCAGCGCCAAUUCAGUCAAGCGGAACAUAUUGGUUUUCCAUUGCGAAUUCUCAAGCGAACGUGGGCCAAAUUUGUAUCGCUACUUACGCAGAGAGGAUAGGCAGAGAAAUGAAGCUGUUUAUCCAUCACUGCACUAUCCCGAAAUAUACCUUCUAGAAGGAGGCUACAAGUGCUUUUUCCAGAAGUUUUCCGGUAUGUGCGAACCAAACGCUUACAAGGAAAUGUUGCAUCCCGAUCAUGAAGAAGAUUUGAGACAAUUUCGGCAAAAAUCCAAAACUUGGAAUGUCGACAGCAAACAUAGGCCCAUCAAAAGUAUCAAACGACUAUAAGCCUACAAGAGAAUUAUUCCAUGAAAAUAAAUGCCCUUGUUUACGAAUAGUACAAAACGUAUCUUGAUUCUUAAUGUAUACAAAUCUUUGUGUGGUUUUCAUUUUAUAAAACAAAUGCGUCACAUUGACGUUAAUUUCAGUGAGACCUAGUUAUGUACGUAAUAUUAUUGCAAUUAAUUCCCUAUGAAUUAAUUGCAACAAUAUGAACCCAAAUUUUAUAAAUUAACUUCCUUCCUAAAAUAGGGCGUAGUAGGGGUUCCCGAUUCUCAGAGGGAAUUUGAAGGGCCAAUUAAAAAAAAAAUCUCUUUGUCGAGUUAAAAAUCAUUAAAUAUUCCGAUUUAUUUGUUUUGUUAGUGAGCAAUUAUUACCAAAAGUUCCCGGGAGAAUUCGGAACCCUAAGCUUAACAUUAAGUAAUCUAGCAACACAAACGCAUUUAUGUACAUACUGUUGCUAUUUAUAAAAUCUUUCAUUCAAUGAAGGAGAUCAUAUUUUGCAAUGCUAUUCACCAAAGUGUUUCCGGUUUUUUUUUAUGCAAAAUCGACCCUAGGCGAGAAUUUCUUUUUGUUUUAUGUGCAAUUACCCUCAGCAAUAAAAUUGUGAUGCACAAAGGGCGGUCAUAGGAUCGGUUCGCAGUGCAAAUAUUUAUUUUAUUUUACAUAUUAAUUUAAGUUUUUGUUAAUAAUUUAAAGCCCAGUAUUUAACGGCAAUGCAUUUUCGAUUAGUUUUGUGUUCUACAAUGCAAAUUUCAAGAGAUACUUUUCUGUUAAUGUGAUUAUUAUGAUUCAUUUCAAAGAGACUGAACACUGUAGGAAUUAUGUCUUGAGUUUUGCUUUUUUAAGGGUGAUACUGUCUAAUUUUAAUUUAUUAAUA